AUUUCUUAAAAUUGUGCUCUAAAGUGAUUAAUAAUAGUGAAUUCAAAAUGGCAGAUACUGUAGCUACGUCUCCUGCAAUCGUUGCGGAAAAAAAACCAAAAAAAGCUGCCGCCGCAAGUGGGUCAAAAAAACCAAAAUCGGCACCAACUCAUCCUCCGACUCAGCAAAUGGUGGAUGCGGCAAUUAAAACAUUGAAAGAUCGCGGUGGUUCUUCCCUUUUGGCAAUCAAAAAAUAUAUUGCUGCUACUUACAAAGUUGAUGUACAAAAACUUGCUCCGUUUAUAAAAAAAUAUUUAAAAGGUGCUGUAAUAAGUGGUAAAUUAGUGCAAACCAAAGGAAAAGGAGCUGCGGGUUCUUUUAAAUUGUCGCCUAGUGCCAACAAGGAACCAAAGGCCAAGUCUGCUGAGAAGAAAAAAUCUGCCGCCAAACCAAAAGCUGCCGCUGCUGGUGACAAAAAAUUAAAAAAAGUGUCUGGUGAAAAGAAAGUAAAAAAAGUAGCCGCCACAACAAAAAAAAGUGCCAGUGCAGAUAAAAAGAAGGUGGAAAAACCAAAAGUGAAAAGUGUUAAAAAAACGAGUGCAGUUAAGGCAAAGCCAACAAAAGCAAAGGCAGCCGCGCCUAAACCUAAAGUGCCAAAAGCAAAAUCAGCCACAGCAGCAGCCAAGCCAAAAAAGGCAGUCGCUGUUAAAAAGGCAAAGAAGUAAAAUUUCCAUUUCAAUGAAAAACAAAGUUGAAAUCAAAACAAAAAUCCACAGUCCUUUUCAGGGCUACAAAAAAUAUACUAAAAUGAGAUAUAAAAACUUUUUUUUUU